AUGAUGCAGGCGCUAUAGCCUACAUUUCACUUUGGAAACGUAAUCUAAGGAAGGCUCUACUGCGCAUGCUCUUGGGGGCGGGUGACAGAUGACGGUCGACUCCACUGUACAAUACUUUGUGAAAGCCCGCUCUCCUGGUUGACAAACACGUUUUUGUUGAAGAAGCACGAUGCUCCGAAUUGUGUUAUCCCGAAUUUUGCCUCGAAUCUCUGGCAUUUCGAAUUGUCAGUAUUCCGCGGCCGCCAUUCCGGUUCCAAGCGCACAUCCCGAAGUCCAUUACAACAAGCUGUUCAUCAAUAACGAGUGGCAGGAUGCCGUCAGCAAGAGGUCCUUCCCCACCAUCAACCCAGCCACAGGAGAGGUCAUCUGUCAGGUGGCUGAGGCAGACAAGGCAGAUGUGGACAAGGCUGUGAAGGCUGCCAGGGAGGCCUUCAGGUUUGGGUCACCAUGGCGACGCAUGGACGCGUCGGACCGCGGGCUGCUCCUGAGCCGGCUGGCAGACGCAAUCGAGAGGGACACAGCCUACCUAGCGGAACUGGAGACUCUGGACAAUGGGAAGCCCUAUGCCGUGUCCUACAGCGUGGACGUGCCCAUGGUGGUCAAGUGCCUCAGGUACUAUGCAGGCUGGGCAGAUAAGUGGGAGGGGAAGACCAUUCCCAUCGAUGGAGACUUCUUCUGCUACACCCGCCAUGAGCCCAUCGGUGUGUGUGGCCAGAUCAUCCCGUGGAACUUCCCUCUGCUGAUGCAGGCAUGGAAGCUGGGGCCAGCUCUGGCUACAGGCAACACUGUGGUGAUGAAGGUGGCUGAGCAGACCCCCCUCACUGCCCUGUAUGUGGCCAGUCUUAUCAAGGAGGUUGGUUUCCCUCCAGGUGUGGUGAACAUCCUGCCUGGUAUGGGUCCAUCUGCUGGUUCUGCCAUCGCCUCCCACAUGGAUGUGGAUAAGGUGGCUUUCACAGGAUCUACUGAGGUAGGUCACCUGAUCCAGCAGGCAUCUGGCUCCAGCAACCUGAAGAAGGUCACUCUGGAGCUGGGAGGAAAGAGCCCCAACAUAAUCAUGUCCGAUGCCAACAUGGCGGAGGCGGUGGAACAGUCCCACUUUGCCCUGUUCUUUAACCAGGGCCAGUGCUGCUGUGCCGGCUCCCGUACAUACGUGCAGGACACCAUCUAUGAUGAGUUUAUGGAGCGCAGCGUGGAGCGGGCCAAGAGCAGGGUGGUGGGAGACCCCUUCAACAUGAAGACUGAGCAGGGACCGCAGGUGGAUGAGGAUCAGUUCAAGAAGAUUCUGGGCUACAUCAGCAGUGGGAAGCGUGAGGGGGCCAAGCUGAUGUGCGGGGGAGGGGUGGCUGCAGACCGUGGCUACUUCAUCCAACCAACCAUCUUUGGAGAUGUCCAGGACGGCAUGACCAUCGCCCGUGAGGAGAUCUUUGGGCCGGUGAUGCAGAUCCUGAAGUUUAAGACUCUGGAGGAGGUGGUCGAGAGAGCCAACGACACAAAGUACGGCCUGGCAGCUGCUGUCUUCACCAAAGACAUCGACAAGGCCCACUACAUCUCUAGCGGACUUCGCGCCGGCACUGUCUGGAUUAACUGCUAUGACGUGUUUGGAGUACAAGCCCCCUUCGGUGGCUACAAAUAUUCUGGUAACGGUCGUGAGCUGGGAGAGUAUGGCCUGGACAACUACACUGAAGUGAAAACGGUAACAAUCAAGGUCCCUCAGAAAAACUCGUAAAGACGUCUGAAUUCUGCCUCCAAUCAAGGAAACUAACUGACCAGAGGAAGGCUCUAUGGGACUAAAUCAGCCUUUAUUUUAUCACAGAGUCCUCAGUUAUUCAGUUGGACUUUAGUGUACUUAGCCUCUGUCCUUAUCUCUAACUUCAUGCAAACAAUUUCCAAACAAGAUGAGAAAACAAUUACAGGCAUGGUGCUGUUAGUUUACACCCAGCUUGUUGUACAGCCUUGUCAAACUUCAACAGCUUAUUUUAAGCACUUCAUAGAGCAUGCCAUAAUAUUUCAUAAUACUUAUUUCAGUCAUUAUGUUCAUCCUGUUUUAAUAUGGUGAAUCCCUGCUACAAUGCAGAGUCGUUUUCUACUCUUGUAGAGUGAAAGUGUGAACUUUGAAAGGAUUUUGGAUAAUAAAUGCACUUGAUACACGCUA